AUGAAUUCUUUCAAUGCCGUUUUCCCCGUGGCGCCUGCUCCCAUGCUGGUUGCAUUGCUAGCGGGAAUUGUCUUCCUAUAUCGAGCCUGGCGCCAUCUCUCCAUCAUUGGAAACCUGCAACUACACCCCACAAAAUCCAAGACCUUCGAUCCAGCCACAAAGCCUGACGCCGUGAAAGAUGAAGCGCACAACGUUUCCAAGGAGCCAGAUUUUCCCGCAGACUGGUGGACAGGAAAGAACGUCUUCGAGCUCGAGAGACGAGCCAUCUUCAGUAAAACAUGGCUGUGUCUGUCCCACCGCAGUCAAUUUUCCAAACCGGGGGACUAUCGAUCAUUCGAGGUAGCGGGAUUUCCUAUCUUCUUGGUGCUGGGAAAAGACGGCGUCGUUCGGGCAUUUCACAAUGUCUGUCGUCACCGAGCAUAUACUGUCAUCGAGAAAGAAUCUGGAUCGUCUCCUGUCCUCCUCUGUCGAUAUCACGGGUGGAGCUACAACACGCUUGGGCAGCUCAUUAAGGCUCCUCACUUUGACCGCGUUUCAGGGUUCGAUAAAUCAGAGAAUACCCUCUUCGAGAUUUAUUCGUUUACAAGCGAAAGAGGCUUUAUUUUUGUUAAUUUCGACGCCAGCGCAGUGGUGCCACCACCUGAUACCAGCAUCCUGGAUGCUUUUGCAUACAAGAAUGGUAUUCAGGUACAGACUAGCUGGGUAGCAGGACAGGCUAUUGAAGGUGCAUUUAACUGGAAAAUGUGUCGUGAGUUUUUCCCCUAA